AUAAAUAUAAGCCAAUCAAUGCCAACCAGCGGACGGCCAAGUUUAGCUUACGAGAAAUUACUAUUGGAGAUGACACUUUCAUGGUUUAUCGUCGCGGCACAUUUAAAAGCUGACAAGGAUAAAAAUUAUUCUGCGUUUCUUGCCAAACCUGCUGGAGUUCUUGCUGCUGCUUAUACAGCUUCAACAUUAGUAGCGAACGAACGCUCCCGAGAAUCGCGUAACAUGGACGACGGCGACUCAUCAUUACCAUCCGACGGAGAUACCUAUGAUGAUUUCGACAAGCCAUCUGGUCCUAAGUACACCAGUGGGUAUGCAGCAACAUACCGUCCAGUAGCUGGAGCAUCUUCAAUCUACUCAGGACCAACAGCAACUGCAUUGGAGCGCGUCGAAUCUAUUUACGGUGGUACCAAAUCACUUUACUGCAAAUCUCCACCAUUAACACGAGCGAAUCUCAACAGAUCGCAAAGUGUUUACGCGAAAUCAACAUCAUCCCCACGAGACGGGUUCAUCAUACCCAAACCAGGACCAUUGGUACCAGCACAAAGUCUGUAUCAGAUGAGACUAGGCCAGGCUUCUUUGCCGUUACCAUCAAGAGAGCCUCUAUCCAACCCAAUUGGUCCCCAGCCGUCUUCUUCCCACAACCCGACUCAAAAUCACAAUAGUACUAACCAAAAUAUGCAGAAUCAACUGCAACAAUGCACACAGAGUAUUUAUGGAAUUCGUGGAAUUUCUACUAGCUUAAGCACCAGGGAAAAUGGAAUUUACGGUGUCACUACUGCUUCUAGUAUUUAUGGACGUGCUCCAGCACCUCCACCAGAAUCUCAACAACAACAACAGCAACAACAGUCACCCUCUAUUUCUUCAUCACAAGUUUCAGCAAGUCAAUCAAAUUCCAGUCAGCUACAGAAUCAACACCCACAAAAUCAAAAUCAAAAUCAAAAUCAAACUCAGAAUCAAAUGCAACAAGAAGGAAUGAUCUCUCGUCGACCUGAGAGUAUGUACGGACACAUAUCUCGCAGAAGUGACGACUCAGCCUAUGGAAGCUAUCAAGGCUCUAAUAGGGGCAAUUAUGCUAAAACAACUGGUCCACCACCACCACCACCUCCUGGAUUCAUGGGAUCCGUUAGUUUUCGUGAUAACAGACCAAGUCCUGGUCCAAUACAACAGAAUCAAGUUCAGCAACAAAAUUACCAACGAAAUUCACCCAAUCCACAGUAUUAA